CUGCCGUCGAGAAAAGAGUGCGUCAAAGAGACAACAUUCAACAUGGAGGUCGAAAACAGGGGCACAAUAAAAGAAAAAGCAAACUUCGAUGACGAGGCCGCGGCGAAGCGCUUCAAGCUCGCCAUGAAGGGCCUGGGCAGCGACGAGGCCGCCAUCAUCAGCCUGCUGGUGUCCCACAGCUCCCUGCAGCGGCAGGCUAUCGAGGAGAAAUACAAGAAGAUGUAUGGCAGAGACCUGGUUGAUGACCUCAAGGACGAGCUGGGCGGUCACUUCGAAGACGCGGUCGUGGCGAUGAUGACGUCACCGUACAGCCUCUUGGUCGACGCUUUACAUUCUGCACUCAGUGGCGCCGGAACAGACGCAGAUGUGCUGACGGAAAUUCUGUGCUGUCGAUCGACCGCAGACAUUGAAAGUUUGAGCUGGUGGUAUGAAAAACGGCAUGGGCGCACGCUGGACGAGGCCCUCGAAGACGACCUCAAUGGGGACUUCAGAGACCUGAUGCGGGGCCUCGCGUCGGGCAGUAGGGAGGAGGAGGGCCCUACAGACAGCGCGAAGGCCAGGAAAGACGCCCAGGAUCUUUAUGACGCCGGUAUUGGGGCAAACGCCGGCAGCGAAGAGUCAGAAUUCAUCGCAAUACUCAACACUCGCAGCUUCGCGCAGUUGAACCCCACGUUCCAGGAAUAUGAGAACAUUUCGCAAGAAGCCAUCGAAGAAAGUAUCAAGAAGGAGUUCAGUGGUGACCUCAUGGAUGGCUUACUCUCCAUUGUGAAACGCGUGCGCGAUCCUCCGGGCUUCUUCGCCGAACGUCUGCACAACAGCAUAGCGGGGUCAGGCACGGACGAUAAGACGCUCAUACGGCUCCUCGUAUCCCGCUCUGAGGUUGACUUGGCUGACAUCAAGCCUCGCUACAAGGAGCUCUUCGGAUCCGAGUUGUACGACGACGUGAAAGUCGACACGAGCGGCGACUACCAGAAGCUUUUGCUCGCCAUCAUCGGAAAAUAAGACAACAUCUGCACAAAAUUUUAGCGAUUGGCCAUGCACCUUCUUCAAUAAAUGCUUAUCUUUUUAACACAAUAGGAACUUAUAGCAUAGAUAAUUUUGAAAAAUAAGAACAGACAUGCACCACACUCACAGGAAAUAGUGAGAUUUGGUCCAAAUAGGGAUGCACUUUUUGUUCGUGUGUGGGUCAUCUUGAUCUAGUUCGGUCCACCAAAAUCAGUACCAGCGCUACGUGCAGAAAAGUACCUCACUAUUUGAACACGGCGACGCACUUAUUUUUCCGAGACCAUGCUUGCUGAUCUGUGACGGUUGGACAGAUUAAUUUUCAUCCUAAAUUCAUUUUGGAAUAAAUUAUAUUAAAUAUUACAGAAUUUUUGGUACGGAAUAAUUUUUGCCACUUUUCUGCUCUUUCAAGUUCAUAAAAUCAUCACUUUAGUCAUGUAGAUUAGAACUAAAUAAUGUUUGAAGUUGUGUAUUGGAGGCGUUAAG